UGGCAUAUUUUCACAGCUCUACAGGGGCACAGGCCUCUCAUUACUUGACACUUUUUUCUUUUGACAUAUUCUUCUAAAUUAAUCAUUUUCAAUUAUUAACGUCCACUGAAUUUUAUGUAUGAUUGUAUUUCCAGUUUUUUUUUUGUCAAAACUUUAUACAAGAUCUACCAUGCUCUCCUGCAAGCUGACAUUAAGAACCGUUUUCAUUCGUGUCAGUGUCUUUCAAAUGCCCUACAGUGUGCUUCAGUUAGCUAUAAAAAACUACGAAAUGUGCCAUUCUGUCCUCGAAAUUGACACUGAGAACUGUUUAAACUUGUUCGUGUUUAUUUUCCGAAAGCAAGCAUUAGUAAGUUGCAGAUCCGUUUUGUAAAUGAAUAUAUGGACAAAAAUGAUCAAUAUUAAACUUAGCCCGUGUUUACACUCGACUUCUUUUCGAAGCUGCUAGCGUCUGUUUUACAUUAUAAUCCCAUGGAGUAAACCGUGUCUUCAAAAACGUCCUGAGCGCUUUUUUAAACGCCAGCGCCGGCGUCUUUUUCUGCAGCUCAGAGCGUCUUUUGAGGUUGAAAAAAGUUCAACUUUUUCACGUCAAUCUCCUUUUCCCCAGCUAACCAAUGACUGAGACCUGUCGUUUCCAUAACAACAUGCGAGGAACGUGAUUGGUCGAGAAGGCUCCAGCUCGAAAAAAUAAAAUGGCGGCCGAAACGUCCGUUGGAGCAUAGUUUUGUAUAAAUGGGAGGCAUCGAUGGAUCCAGAAAGUCCAGACUUUGUUCCUUCAUUGUUCACCUACUCUAAACUGAGUCAGUGUAUGGAAGCUCGAACGAAAUUGCACAGGUUUAAUAGGAAGAGAAAGUGGGCUGAAUCUAUUUGCAAGUCAUCUCUGGCUGACACAUCAAUCCGUCUCCGUGCAGCUUCAGGGUCGUCCACUCGAGAGCCUACAACAGACUAUGAGCCUCCAGAAUGUAAAGGGGAGAUUUGUAGUAAUGAAGAAGAUGCCAUGAUCCCUCGAGCCAUCUUUAGUGAACUUCAAGUCCAUCAUAACCAGCUUCUGAGAGAGUGUGACAACUUGCGCACAAAAUGCAACGCACUCAAAGAGGAGAACGAGCAGCUGAAGGAGGCACUGGGGAGCAGGAGAUUUUCUUUCAGCUCCAUCAGGAAUAAUGCCCGACACUUCCUUUUCUUUACUGGUCUGACCACUAUCGUUUUUGAGUGGUUGCUAUCAAAAUUGAAAGACAGCGUUGCGGUUACGAACGGAGUUUUGGGCCUGGAAGAUCACCUGUUAGUCGUGUUAACGAAACUGCGCUUGGGCGCAAGCAAUACGGACAUUGCCUUUAGGUUUAAUGUAACAGAUACCGUCAUCUCCAAUAUUUUAAGAAACUGGCUGCCGAUAAUGGCACGAACAUUAAAACCAAUCAUCACAUGGCCAAGCAGGAAGGCUAUUCUCAGGAAAAUGCCAAGAUGUUUUAAAAAGAAAUACAGGCAGUGUCGGUGUAUCAUUGACUGCGCUGAGAUUUUUAUCGACAGACCUGAUAAUCCUACCGCUCGAGCACAGACGUGGUCGAAUUAUAAGCAUCACAAUACAGUUAAAUACUUAGUUGGGGUGACGCCAGCAGGAGCAAUUUCAUUUUUGUCACCAGGUUGGGGUGGCCGUGUAUCUGACAAAGAAAUAACAACAAUAUCAGGAUUCUUCCAACUGCUGGAGCCAAAUGAUGUCAUUUUGGCUGAUCAUGGAUUUUUGAUUCGGGAGGACCUUGCAGCGUACGGAGCCACGCUUUAUAUCCCACACUUCACAAAAGGCAAGAAACGGCUCGCCGCUCACGAAGUUGACACAUCAAGAAGACUGUCAAGUUUAAGAAUACACGUGGAAAGAGUCAUUGGUCGAUGGAAGCAAUUCAAGAUUUUAACAUCUGUAAUUCCACUUACUCAGGUAGACAUGCUGGAUGACAUGGUGAUCGUGUGUGGAGCAUUAACAAAUCUUUGCAGAAGUGUAGUGGUUAAAAGAUAGACAGACUGACCCAACUGAGAUGGGUGCUAAACAUGGUACAUCUCCAGGGUUUUAUUGUGGGAUCGUUUUGUCUUUCUGCAUUAUUUGAAUUGCUUUUUAUUGACUUCGAAUAUUGCACUGCACUGACCGGGCAUUAUAAUUUCUAACAUCGUUUGUUUUAUGACUAUAUAUAUAAGAAAAUGUUUUUUAUACUCGCACAGUAGUUAUAGCAGCAGUAGUUCGAGGGAUUGACAUUGUUCUAUCAUACAUUACACAAUGAAAAGGAGUUAGUACUAACCCAGCCAUGCACGUGCACUUCGCAGUCAAAAUGAUGUUGUUUGUCUUAUUAAUUCAUGGUAGCCUGUGUAUAGCUGCUGCGUUAUGUCCUUGCCGCUGGCUAGGCAGCACGUCGGUCCACAAUAAUCAAAACUCCCUGACGCAUGUUGACUCUCAUUUUGUCUUCGUCCAAUUUAGGAGGUUGAAUUAAUGCCUGCGGGUCCGGGAAGAUUAUUUUCUGCAAUUCCAUGCAGGGACCAGGGUACUCCGUGAUGAUUUUGAUGUGGUCCGGGCAGUCAAACCACUCCAGCAUUUGAAUGACGUAGGGGAUUAUGGGAGGUUUUUGCAGCCGAGACAUCAUUUUCACUUCGGUCAUAUAGUCAGCCUAGAGAAAAGAGUAUAAGAAAGGGUUACUUGCCUAUGGUUUACUCUUUAGAUUUAAAGAGCAUAUAUUGUUAGAAUUAUUUGGAUGGACGUUUCAUCGAUUUGAUCUGUGUAGAUACAGACCAGCUGAAAUCUCUGUGGGAACUCAAGCUUUAUUGUCUUUUUCAUGUCUAUUUCUUGUUAACUGCUGGUUCAUAUCAAUUGUAUUGUAUCAUAGGCCAUUAAAUAACUACAAAUAAAUUCAUUAUGAUUGGGCGACUUACAUUAUCAUCAGUACUGUAGUGUCGUUUUGAAUCUUGUUUAAGGGCGCUUUCUCACCAUUAGUUCGGUUAAUUUGGUCCGGACCAAUAAAAAAAAAAGAUUCAUUGUAGCAUUUUUCAGCGGUGUUGGUUCCUUUUCACACCACACUGAUUGCUUUAGUCCGUACCAAAAUGCAGUCACGUGACAACACGUGGAACAUGUACAUCCCGCACUUGGAUGUACUGCUGGCGGAGAUUCUUUACCUUAACCCAGCACUGUUACACAGGUCUAUUAAACCCCCUUUCCCUGAGUUUGCUAAACAAUGAAAAUGUCUUGCUGUUCGUGAGUUUUUGAAAGUUGGGAUAUAGAAAUGUUCAAAUAUUCGAUCCGCAAUAACUAUUCAAAAAUUAAAAAUGCUAUUCGAAUAUUUGUAUUUUUCAUAAGAAUAAAAACUGCGUCACCACAUGGUGUUGCCGCUACAGAAGACCUUAGAGUUGUCACGUCUUAUUUAAUGCUUCUU